CGUGCCCAUGUGCACUCAUUUUUUCUCUCUUAAAAUAAAUAAAUUAAAAAAAAAAAAAAAGUACAAAUUUGGUGUGCCCCAACUCAGAAUGUUCUGUCCUGUCCAUUGGAACUGUAAACCUCUCCUAAGUAUAGGGGAAUAAGCUAUAGGUAUUGGAGAACUGUAAACCUUUCCUAAGGUAUCAGGCUGUCAGAGAUCCUCCAGGGGGCAUCAGCCAGUGUGGUCUUCCUUUAAAGUUGCAGAUGUGAUCACGGCCCUCCCUGCCUUGCUUUGAGCUCUUCUGGGGCUUCACAUGCCUCUUGGAAUAAAAUACACAGUUCUUCACACGCUCUGCUCUCUGAGCCUCAAGGCACAGGAUCCUGCCCUGCUGGUGCCUGCGGCUUCAUCUCUGGUCACUCCCUUCCCUCCCCCUGGCCGCUUCAGCCAUCCUGGCCUUCUUUGUGUUCGCCAAGCUCCUUCCUGCCUCAGGAAAGCAGGGAGUGGUGGGUAAGGGCGUCGACCUUGGAGCCCAGCUGCCAGGGCUCUCAUCUCAGCCCUGCCUCUUCGUGGUUCUGUAACUUUGGGCACGUUCUUUACAUUUCUCUGCCUUGGCUUUUGCACCUGUAAAACGGGGAUCAGAGUAGUAGUGCCCGUGUCUCCUAGGGUGGUUUAAGAAGACGAAGGGCAUUAGUGUGCAUGAGUGAGUGCCUGGCAGCAUUAGCUCAGGGCCUUCCUCCCUAGGGACGCCUCUGAUGUUACAUUCCCCUCCCACUCUUGGCCUGGCAAACUCCUCAUCCUUCAAGUCUAACCUUCAUUGCCUGGGGUGGGGGUAGGGAGAUACCUAUUUAUUUAUUUAAAUUCAAGUUAGUUAACAUACAGUGUAGGAGUAGAACCCAGUUAGUGAUUCCUCACUUACACAUGACACCCAGUGCUCGUCCCAACAAGUGCCCUCCUUAAUGCCCAUCCCCCAUUUAGCCCAUCCCCCCACCCACCUCCUCUCCAGCAACCCUCAGUUUGUUCUCUGUAUUGAAGAGUCUCUUAUGGUUUGCCUCCCUGUUUUUAUUUUUCCUUCCCUUCCCCUGUGUUCAUCUGUUUUGGUUCUUAAAUUCCACAUAUGAGUGAAAUCAUAGGAUAUUUGUCUUUCUCUGACUUAUUUCACUUAGCAUAAUACGCCCUGGUUCCAGGGGGUGGGGGGGAUUUUUUAAACUUUCUCCUCCUCCCUACAAAACCAGGUUGGGUGCUCCUAAUCACAUUCUUCAUUUAUGAGUUCAGCAAAGUCAAGGACCUACCUGUCUUGUUUCUACCACAGCUUUGCAACAUAGUACGUGUUCAGUUAAAUGUGCUGCAUGGAUGCGCAGAGAGGGGCCCGGGGCUGGUGGUGCCCAGUUGUAGCUCAGGCCAGUUCUGACUUGCGUUUUGCCUCGGCAGCCACAAGCUGGUACGUGGACCCGUUCGAGGAAUGAUGUGCUUCUUGUUCUUCCCCUUCCAGCGCAUGCCCCUAGUCCAGGUGGGCAGCAUGUCAGUGCUUUUGGCGAUGUCACUGCCUCGAACCCAGAAGCCAUGGAGGAGAUAAGGUAGCCCCCCUGUCCCUGGAUCGGAUGGGGAAGCCCAGUUCAAUGGAUACAAAAUACAAGGAUGAUUUAUUUCGGAAGUACGUGCAGUUCCACGAGGGCAAAGUGGAUGCCACCCCCAGCAAGCAGCGGCCUGGCAACGAUGAGUACCUGCGGGUCGCAGCCUCGACCCUGCUCAGCCUGCACAAGGUGGAUCCCUUUUAUCGAUUCCGGCUGAUCCAGUUCUAUGAGGUGGUGGAGAGCUCCCUGCGCUCGCUGAGCUCCUCCAGCCUGCGGGCUUUGGCCUGCGCCUUCAGUGUGCUGGAAACGGUCGGUGUCAACCUCUUCCUCUACCCGUGGAAGAAGGAAUUCAGAAGCAUCAAGACCUACACGGGCCCCUUCGUUUAUUACGUCAAGUCGUCGUUGCUGGAAGAGGACAUCCGAGCCAUCCUGCAUUACAUGGGCUACGUGCCCGAGUUAGGGACUGCGUACAAACUCAAAGAGCUUGUGGAGACCCUCCAGGUGAAGAUGGUCUCCUUUGAGCUCUUUCUGGCCAAGGUGGAGUGUGAGCAGAUGCUGGAAAUCCACUCACAAGUCAAGGACAAGGGCUACUCCGAGCUGGACGUGGUGAGCGAGCGCAAGAGCAGCGCGGAGGACGUGCGGGGCUGCUCGGAGGCCCUGCGGCGCCGGGCUGAGGGCCGGGAGCACCUGACGGCCUCCAUGGCCCGCGUGGCGCUGCAGAAGUCAGCCAGCGAGCGGGCGGCCAAGGACUACUACAAGCCACGGGUGACCAAGCCCUCGAGGUCGGUGGACGCCUAUGACAGCUACUGGGAGAGCCGGAAGCCGCCCCUGAAGGCCUCGCUGAGCCUGCGGAAGGAGCCGGUGGCCGCAGACGUGGGCGAUGGCCUCAAGGACGAGAUCGUCCGCCCGUCCCCCUCGCUCCUGGCCGUGUCCAGCUCCGCCCACGGAAGCCCGGAUGACCUGCCGCCCCCCUCGCCGAACAACGGUCUGGGCCCGCUGCGUGGCACGUACUUCUCCGCUCAGGAUGACGUGGAUCUGUACACGGACUCGGAGCCGAGGGCCGCGUCCCGGAGGCAGGACGCCCUGCGGCCGGACGUGUGGCUGCUCAGAAAUGAUGCCCACGCCCCCUACCACAAGCGCUCGCCCCCUGCCAAAGAGUCCGCCCUGUCCAAGUGCCAAAACUGCGGUCUGUCCUGCAGCUCCUCCCUCUGCCAGCGCUGCGACGGUCUGCUUGCCGGUCCCCCGGCCCCCAGGCCCGGCGCCUUCCCCGGCAAGGCCUCUGCCCACGACAGCCUGGCCCACGGGUCGUCUCUGCGGGACAAGUACGCGGGCCAGACUCAGGGCCUCGACCGGCUGCCGCACCUCCACCCGAAACCCAAGCCCUCGGCCGCAGCCACCUCCCGCUGUGGCUUCUGUAACCGCCCGGGUGCGGCCAACACCUGCACCCAGUGUUCAAAAGUCUCCUGCGACACCUGCCUCGGCGCCUACCAUUAUGACCCCUGCUGCAAAAAGAGUGAGCUGCACAAGUUCAUGCCCAACAACCAGCUGAACUACAAGUCCACCCAGCUCUCCCAUCUCGUGUACAGAUAGACUCGACCUUGCACCCCCCCUGCUCCAAGGGCUACACCACCGACUUUCUGGGUUCCCCCAGGGAAGAAGUGUUCACGCAUUGAUCUCGGAAGCAGAGGCCUGCCUUUGACCGUGUAGGUGUCAGGGGAUCGUGGGGUCGCCCGCACCACGUGCGCGUUCACCUGGCGACCCAGGUAUUUCCUUUGAUGGCUGCUUUGUCACCUGACAAGGGAGAGGGUGGCACUUCCGUUCACAUUCAUUUUUGCUAAUCUCUCCACUCCCUAUUCCAUUGUUUGUUUUUGAAGAAGAUUUCUGUCUCGGAGACUCUUGCCACCCCCACCCCUCCCACUGCAAAGCCAACUUGGACUGGGAAGGGCCCUCCAGGUCCCCUCCAAACGCCCACCUGGAGCGCCGAGCUAGAGGCCUGUUGGCUUGUGAAAUGAGCCCUCCUGCCACACCGGGCCUCUUCCAGUGGCUCAUCCCUUGGCCACCCCCUUCCCGGACACAAGGAUCCCCUCCUGGACUCCCCGCCCCUGACUUCCACCCGUCUGGGUUUCAAAGGUGGACUGAGUCCGGUAUUCACCGAACGGCAUCCUGUUGCCACCACAGCUCAGUUCAGCCCGUGGCGUUUGUGCACUUUGCUCCGACGCACUGAAGCGUGGACCUUCCACGGCAGGAUGGACUUCUCCCCCUUUCUGUUGUUUGCACAUGCCCCUCUUACUGUACUGUAAAUAGAUAUUUUUGAGAUUUAUUUUUAAAUAAAUAUUCAACUUGC